CUCCUUCCAAGGAGCCCAGCCAGGGUUUAAGUUUCGGAGGGCGCAUCUGGGGAAGCUCUUGCAGAAGCGAUCUCUCCCUCCCCAAGGAGCCUUUCUCCCUCUCCGAUCCCUCUUUCCCGGGAGUCCCUGGGAGCCACGCCGGGGCUGGACAGUCCCUCUGCCCCGAAGCCACUCCAGCGUCACGUCGGAAGGCGGGCGACGCCUGUCCCGUCCCAGUCCACAACCACCGCUGCCUCCUCCUGACCAUGCAUUAGUCAAUCCCUUUGGCCCCCUUCAUCAGAAGACAAAGGAGCUCAUUCAGACAACUCCAGCUUGUGGGUCCAAACCCAGAGGAGUAGGUCAUCUGGUCCAGUUCUUGCUCCAGCACCAUUUAGGAAGAACCCAUUAAGACAGAGUGACAGACAAGCAGACAAGGUGCUCCUUCUGACACCCGGGAUGUCGGUGGUGCGGAGGAAGUUUGGCGACGACUACCAGGCCGUGGUGGGCACCUCCUCCCGCCGAAAACGGCAGCGCUUUGUGGACAAGAACGGCCGCUGUAAUGUCCAGCAUGGAAACUUGGGUAGCGAGAACAGCCGCUACAUUUCAGAUCUUUUCACCACCCUGGUGGACCUCAAGUGGCGUUGGAACCUCCUCAUCUUCCUGCUGACCUACACGGUGGCAUGGCUGGUCAUGGCCUCCAUGUGGUGGGGGAUCGCCUACAUGCGGGGGGACCUGGAGAUACACCAGGGCCACAACGCUGGGCACAACCCUUGUGUGGCCAACGUCUACAACUUCCCUUCUGCCUUCCUCUUCUUCAUUGAGACGGAAGCCACCAUCGGGUACGGGCACCGCUACAUCACCGAACGCUGCCCCGAAGGCAUUGUGCUUUUCCUCUUCCAGUCUCUGCUAGGCUCUGUGGUGGAUGCCUUCCUCAUCGGGUGUAUGUUUAUCAAGAUGUCCCAGCCCAAGAAGCGUGCCGAGACCCUCAUGUUUAGUCGGGCCGCCGUCAUCUCCCAGCGAGAUGGGAAGCUCUGCCUCAUGUUCCGGGUGGGCAACCUGCGCAACAGCCACAUGGUCUCGGCCCAGAUCCGCUGCAAACUCAUUAAGUCACGACAGACACCAGAAGGUGAAUUCUUGCCACUAGACCAAUGUGAGCUUGAUGUUGGAUUCGGAACCGGAGCCGACCAACUGUUCCUUGUCUCUCCUCUAACCAUCUGCCAUGAAAUUGAUGACAAGAGCCCCUUUUUCGCCCUCUCGCAGAGAUCGCUACGAAGCGAGCAGUUUGAAAUUGUUGUUAUCCUGGAAGGGAUUGUUGAAACAACAGGAAUGACAUGCCAAGCCAGAACCUCCUACACAGAGGAUGAAGUUCUCUGGGGCCACAGGUUCCUGCCAGUGAUGUCGCUGGAAGAUGGCUUUUUCCGCGUGGAUUAUUCUCAGUUUCAUGGAACAUUUGAAGUCCCAACUCCUCCCUACAGUGUGAAAGAACAGGAGGAGAAUUUGGCUCUCCCAUCACCUUUGAACACUCCUACUGGAAGCAGCAGAAGCCGAAGGGACAAGCUCUCCUCCCUGGACUGUCUUGAUAUUUUUGAAGAGAAAAGUGGCAGGCUUCCUAGCAAACUCCAGAAAAUUUGUUCUGGGAAAGGGGAUCUCCAUAGGGGAGUACUCAGCCUUUGUUCCAGCAAUGUGGAGAAAGCAUGCAGCACUGGAGACCUCUUGAAAAUCCAGGAGAUUAGUUCAGUCUGCAGCAUAGAGGAUGGGGAGGAAAAGAUCCAGUCGACAGCCUUCAAAACCAAAUCGGAGUUGCUGGCACGGUCCACUGGGAACCUUGAACUCCAACAGAGGCCUCUAGCCAUUCGCAACUUGGGGUCAAGAUUAGAGGAUAAUUUGCCUGCCAAACUACGGAAAAUGAACUCUGGGCACCUAUUGUGAACAUCAACCGACCCACAAACAGCCAUGAUUGCAUUUCAAACUUUGGUUUACUACUAUGAAGAGCAGAGCUGAAGGGAAUGUUGGCUUUACAGUGAUGGUUGGACUACAACUCCAUGAUUUGUGACCUCCACAUGUGGCAGGAUUCUAACACCCAUGGAAACUAGAGGCCUGCCCCAUAUGGAGGGCUGUUCUCCACCUCUGGCGAAGAAGAUCCUGGGCCUCAUCUGUACACUACCAAUGUCAACCCAGUUUAAACUAGAAUAAAAAGCAUAGCUUCAGCUCACAA